AUGAACGCGAUGAUCGACGACGACACUGUGCAGCUCGUCCAGAGUGCCGAGCUAGCCGUGAGGAUCGGGCCUGACGAGACCGUUAUCCAUGCUGGCGCCGACAAUGGACCGGGGAAGGAAGAGCACUGGAAGAGUGAAUCGUAUCUGGGAAGCGGCGGUGUUGGCUUGGUUUUCCGAGAGAAGUGCAUUGUGGGACCGUCCUUCGGCCAACUGAGAGCAGUCAAGGAAAUCCCGCGACCUAGGACCAAGAAGGACAUUGAUGUGGACAUCAUGAAUGAGCUGAAGGGACUCACCAUCCUUUCUCAGCCCCAGUACGAGGCAUACUUUGUAAAGACACUGGGUUGGUACCAGACGCCGUCCAAGGUGUUUGUGGCCAUGGAGUUCCUUCCGCAUGGAAAUCUGCAUUCGCAUCUAAUGGAUCAAGGGCCCAUACCGGAAGCCCAGGCGAGGCUCGUCAUUCGACAGGUGUUCCGCGGGCUAGCAUAUAUACAUCAACAUAAUCUGGCGCAUCGCGGGCUGAAACCAUCGGUAAGCCUGACACAGUCUUCUCCCCGUAAUCAGUAA